AUGGCCACAGAAGUGGAACAGUUUCCUGAACCGAGGCGCCGCAGUAGGGCAGGAUGCUGGACAUGCCGCAGCCCAGCAGUGAAGAAACGCUGCGACCAACAACGUCCGGUUUGCGGGCGAUGCGAGCGUUUGAAGAUCCCGUGCGAUUUUUCUUCGCGACCAACCCUCUCUGAGCGCCGCAAAGCCAAUCGAAGCACGAGUUCCGCACCAAGUACUUUGUCAUCGCUCAGCGACGCAGCCUCUCCUCUUGUGCCGGAAGUUUUGAGCGCAAGCCCAUGCUCCGAUCAAUCUGGAACAGAUACGGGCAGAUGUACUCUGGAGCUAUGUGCUGAAGACCACGAAGCUAUACGCUACUUUCGAACCGAGUUUGCCAAAAUACACCACACCAAGAACCCAGAAUACUCAUUGAUAUCUCUCAUGUUCAACAUCGCACGGAAUGAACCAAUGGUCAUGCAUAUGGUUGUGGCGAUAGGGCAUCAAGAGAUGGAUUUUCGACGGCAUCAGUCUUCGGCAAACGCCCAAAAUGUUUCGUCUCAUCAUUAUGCUUUGGCUCUCAGACUUAUGGCAGAUGCAAUUGCGCCAUCGAGCAAGCUGACGAAAGAUCUUGAUGCAAUCCUUACUACCUUAUGGUUGAUGCUAUUGUACGAACAACAGUUUGGUGAUGAGAGGUGCAGAGCUUAUUUGAGCCAUCUUCAGGGGGUUUCCUCACUUCUGCAGUCGCAAAGUGGUCAUCUACUCCAGUUGCCAUCACACAAAUUCGGGAUCCAGGAACAGAGCACAGUAUCUGUGCACACGGAAGACUCAACAAACGAUGCUAAGAUAUCCAUCUACUCAGCACGCGUCUUGAUCUGGAUAGUUUUGCUUGAUUCGGCAGCAGCGACUUCUGGCGUCGGCGGACAUGUUAAUGAGGCUAUCAUCAACAUGCUGCUCUCGAAUCCUACAGACUCUCAUAUGCGAUCCAAAGAUCCCAUCAAGGCAGUGGCUCGCCUCUACCACUAUUCCAACUCUCUAUAUCGCCUAGCCUGGGGCGACGCAUAUCCUCAAGCUGAGCUUGUUGAUGAUGUCGAAAACCGCAAUGUCUAUGCUCUGCUCGGCCAUUGUGCGUAUCUGCGAUUCCUGACUGCACAGCUCGCAACCCUAUAUCGCAAUGAUCCUGAGUCUGCAGCGGAGCAAGCGUACGAGGUCGAGUACUCAAUUGAUGACGUAGGCGAUGUUUUCAGAGAACUAAUGGAAGUGGCCCAUGAGUUAUCUCCAGCGACCGAUAACAGUCACAGACUAGUAGCAAAUAUGCGUGCCAUAGUGCCCAUGUACUACGCUAUCAUCUUGGACUUCAAGCGCUUGGUAGCCUCCGGCAAAUCUAUGGACGAAAAGCAACGCUAUGCUCUGCAAGAGAUUAUGAAUCUUUGUUUCCAGGACCAUACACAUGGCGGCGACAAACCCAACUUGAGGCUUGCUUGGCCUCUGUUCAUGGCAGCUCUGGAAACUCAGGACUUGCUGCACCAGAAGUUCGUAUUGGAGCGCUUCGAGGUCUUUAGGCUAUAUGGAAAAAACUACGAGCGUGCACAUCGCUUUCUAGUCACCGUGAUUGACAUGCAACGGCGUCAUGGCAAACGUGUCGACUUCAGGGCGCAAAUGGAGCAAAGCGAACUCUUUGUCUUAGGAUAA